CCGUUCUCUAAGUGCUCUCGAUUCUGUCCUAGGCAGAGCACAGAAGCCAAAACCGACCGUUGAUGUGAAACCCCAUAUCAAGAUCAAGGUGGUUAAUCUAUAACCCGAAGCCAAUUCCGUUGAAUUUCAACCGCUGAUAAAAAUAACAUAAACACAUCACGCAUCUCGAUGCUAGUCUCAAUCUCACCGAGAAACUACCAGUUCAAACUCUAUGCUCUGUCUCUCUAAUUCCAGGGUGACGAUUAGAAACCCUAAUUCAAUCAGCGUCUUCUCAUGUUUCUUCCAAACCCUAAUUCGCACUCUUUAUUACUUUUUUUGUUACUCUUUUCUCUCGGCUUGACUGGAAAUGGACUCGGAUAAAGUACUUCAAAACCCUAGGUUUACUAGUAGCUCCUCCAAGCCCAUGCCCAGCAAUGAGCUAUCGCAGAAGCCGCCACCGUCAUUGUUUGACAGGUUCAAGGCAUUGUUGAAGCAGCGGGAAGAGCAGUUCAGGGUGUCUGCGGAGGAGGAUGACGUGGCAGGGCCUAUUCUGAGCACCCAGGAGAUUGUGCAGCUUUAUGAGUUGGUGCUUGAUGAAUUGAUUUUCAAUUCGAAGCCUGUCAUUACCGAUUUGACGAUUAUUGCCGGCGAGUUGAGGGAGCAUGGGGAGGGCAUUGCUGACGCUAUCUGUGCCCGCAUCAUCGAGGUUCCUGUGGAUCAAAAACUGCCAUCGCUAUAUCUUUUGGACAGCAUUGUCAAGAACAUUGGCCGUGAAUAUGUUAAAUACUUCUCAUCCCGCUUACCAGAGGUUUUCUGUGAGGCAUACAGACAAGUUCACCCUAACCUGUAUCCUUCAAUGCGUCACCUGUUUGGUACAUGGUCUACAGUGUUUCCACCUUCUGUGCUUAGCAAGAUUGAGACUCAACUGCAGUUUUCUCCACAAGUUAAUAGUCAAUCCUCUGGCUUGUCUUCCUUGAAGGCAUCUGAUUCACCAAGGCCAACCCAUGGCAUACAUGUUAAUCCAAAAUAUUUACGUCAGUUGGAACAUUCUUCAGAUAAUAAUGCUCAGCAUGUAAGAGGAGCUUCAUCAACUCUAAAAAUAUAUAGUAAAAAACCUGCCAUUGGUUAUGAUGAAUAUGAUUCUGAUCAUGCAGAGGUCAAAUCUUCACAGGUUGGAGCCCAAAGAUUAAAUACAGCGGGAAGUGUAGGUCAUACAUCUUUUACACUUGGGGUUAAUAAGCUGCACCCAUCUUCAAGUUCUGGGCUUGUGAGACGCUUGUCACCUUCAAGAGUUGGAGCUGAGAGGCCAUUGCCUUCAGAAGUUGAUGACUUUACCAUGGGAAAUUCUCCUCGAAGAUUUGUUGAUGGGGCUUCUCCAUCCCAUCCAGUGCUCAAUUAUGGACCUGUUAGAGCCAUUGGAAGAGAUGAAGAGACAAAUGAACGGAGAAGAAAACAGUAUUAUGAUGAUAACCAUAACCGACUGGAAGCAUCUAUUGCAUAUGGCCUAUCCAAUGGACGUGAGCGUCAAGGACCCAGAGCUUUAAUAGAUGCAUAUGGAGAUGACAGACGGAACAGAAUUCCAAAUAGUAAACUGUUGCAAAUCGAACGUGUAGAUUUUGAUGGCAUCGCCAAUAAAGUGGGUCCAAGAUCUUGGCAGAAUACUGAAGAGGAGGAAUUUGACUGGGAAGAUAUGAGCCCUACUCUAGCUGACCGCAGCAGGAGCAAUGAUUUCUUACCAUCUGUUCCACCUUUCGUAGGGGCUGGGGCUAGGGCUGGCAUUGGAACGACUGUUGCUGGCCAAUUGGAUUCUGAUAUUGGGAGCAAUCUAUCUGGUCAGGCUCAGCUAUCGUUGGCGGAUGAUUCCUCUAAUAUUGUUGAAGAUGCAGUCCCCAUUCUGGGCCCUGGUCAUGGAUCUGCAGCUAAGAUAACUGGAUUCCAAACUGAGAGAAAUCAGAUUAUGGGUUCUCGAUUUCCUCGAGAAGCGUGGAAGUUGCCACAUCACUUCCCUCAGACAACAGAUCUCGUAAAUGCUAAAGAAAGUAGGGAAUUUCAGAUACCCUUUUCUAGAAGUGGUAUACCCUAUUCAGGCAGUAAGAGUUUGGUCCUCAGUGACAAACUUCCAGAUACUGAUGCCCAGCUUGUCGGGCCUCCAACUCUUUCAUCACGGUUGAUUUCCAGUAUUGCACCAUCAUCAACUGGGGUAUGGCCUCAUGUAAAUGUGCAUAAAUCUCAUCCACCUCCUGUGCACCACAUUUUUCCACCACAGAAGCAGAGUAGAAGUCAAUUUGAUUCAGUAACUGGAACUAAUACUGUAAAUCAUAGUUUACAUAAGUCUUCCUUUUUGACGGAGCAACAGUUCAAUAGUGUUGAAAGCAAAGAACCCAGUUUGAUGAAGCGACCACUAUUACCCGGUCAACGUACUACUCAGAAUAAGCCAAACCAGUCUCAAUCUAAUCCUUUUCAGCUACAGUAUCUUCCAUCUAAUGAGGCUCUAGAAAAUCUUCCGCCAUCUGUGGCUUCACUGCCUCCUUAUCCACAGUCUGUUCCACUGUGCCAUGGAUAUGCCAUGAAAGGGCAUGGUGCUGUCAUGAGUAUGGUUCCUUCAAAUGCUGUACCUGCUGGGCUUCCUUUAGUAUUCAACAAUAUCCCAAACGCCUUGCAUUCACAGGUUGGGGUCCGGCCACCUCUACCUCCAGGUCCUCCUCCUGCUUCUCAAAUGAUACCUAACUCUCAAAAUGCUGGUCCAGUUGCCUCUAACCAAUCACCAGGCAGUGAUUUUUCGGGUUUGAUUAGUUCUCUCAUGGCUCAAGGUUUGAUCUCAUUGACAAGCAAAACACCUGUACAGGAUUCUGUGGGACUGGAGUUCAAUGCUGAUCUUCUUAAGGUGCGCCAUGAGUCAGCAGUAACUGCCUUAUAUGCUGAUUUGCCCAGGCAGUGUACAACAUGUGGCCAUAGAUUUAAGUGUCAAGAAGAGCACAGUAAUCACAUGGAUUGGCACGUUACUAAGAACCGGAUGUCCAAGAACCGUAAGCAGAAACCCUCUCGCAAGUGGUUUGUUAGUGCAAAUAUGUGGCUUAGUGGGGCAGAGGCAUUGGGAACUGAAGCAGUUCCUGGAUUUUUGCCUACUGAGACCAUCGUGGAGAAGAAGGAUGAUGAGGAAAUGGCUGUUCCUGCUGAUGAGGAACAGAAUGCAUGUGCAUUAUGUGGAGAGCCUUUUGAUGAUUUCUAUAGUGAUGAAACUGAGGAAUGGAUGUACAAAGGGGCUGUCUACCUGAAUGCACCUGAUGGGUCAACAGCAGGCUUGGAUAGGUCCCAGUUAGGUCCUAUAGUACAUGCUAAAUGCAGGUCUGAGUCUAGUGUGGUUCUGCCUGACGAUUUUAGACAUGAAGAAGCGGGAAACACUGAAGAGGCUAGUCACAGAAAACAAAUGCGGAGUUAAGUAUAUUAGAUCGGCUUCAAAGUCUUCUGUAGCAUAGUUUGAGUUUAGUGAUGUUAGUAGCAUGCACUUCGAUUUUUUACAGUAGUGUUUGAGCUUGCAAUACUUUGGCUUUAUGCCAGAAACUGUACAUGUAUAGUUGGACUUGUACCAUGCAUAUCAUCUUGCAGCAAAAAGGUUACAAAUUCUCUGUUUUGGUAUUCCGGUUUUCUUAAGCUGCCAAAACAUCCAGAGGGACAUUUAGGAUUACUUUCAUUUUGAAAAGAGAAACAUGAAGGAAAUCUUUUUAUUAUUUUUA